AAAAUAAUGAUUCACCUGGCUAAUUAAAAAAAAAAAGAAGAAGAAGAAGAAAUACAAUUUAUAACAUCUUUUCUAACAUCGAAGUGAAUCGAAGCUGACGGAUGAUGGAACGAGGAGAACGGAAAUAGAAAGCGUUUCGGAGUGGUCUGCGGCUUUCUGGCAACGAGGCACUCACUCGUCGGAUUUGCCCUCGAAAGCCGUCGUGUCGCGUGUAACCGAAGACCGUCGGCACCGCGGUAAUUCCAACUCGAAAACCAUCGUGUGUGCAUUACUUCGAGGUUGUGCCGGUGAUUAGCUGUUUCUCGGCACGCGAUACGAAACCCGGUAUUCGGCCAGAUUGAUUCAAUUCGCGUUCGAUUACUACCCCGCACCGGAAUCUACCCCCAUUCUGAUCGUUCAGGGCAUUGCGGGGAUGCUUCGAUUUUUGUCCAUCUUAAUUUCGACGUUGGUUUACAUUCCAUAUUCACAUUAACUCGUGAAAAUUUUCCAAUAAUCAAUUAUCAGAUAUCUAACUUUGAAAUUGUAUAAUCUUUUAGAAAAUUUUUAAUGAAUGAUAAAAUUAAUGUUAUUUUUUAUAAAUUUAAUAUUUUUUUAAAUAAUUUGAUAGUCGAUUCUGUUGAAUAAUAAUAGAAAAGUAAAUUCUAAAUAAUUAUCCUAUUUGAUAUUUAAAUUUUACUAUAUAUAUAUAAAUGAUUUUUAUAAUUUAUAAUUUAUUAUUUGAAUAUAACAAAUCGGCAAGACAGAAAUAAAUAUGAAAUAAAUUCAAUAGAAUCGAGUUAAUCGAGUCUUUUUGCUCGUUUCCAAUUAAAAUUGCGGUACAACACUUGUGUAGAAAAAAUCCUAUCCUAUGCAAAGACGAAGUUCUAUAAUUGAUAUUCAAUCGAUUGCAGUCGCGAUUGAAAUUGCAUUGGAAUCGGCUCGAAUCUUUCAUUCGCGCAAUUGCUGUUCCGAUUAACUACAAUUAAAUUUCGAUUUCAUUUUCAAUCCCUUUAAUCCCGGUUCUGAAACAAAAGCAUAAACGUACAAGCGACGCAAGAAAGUCUCGUUCAAUUAAAGAUAAAUUAAAAUGGGAAAUUGGCGGCUUGCCAAAAUGUACAAAACGUGUGUGUCCGAAUACGUUGAACUUAAUAAUUUAUACAAGGAAAAGUUGGACGAGAUAUAACGGGACCAACAAUCGACGACAAAGCGCAUUUUCACACGAAGAAGCUUUAUCGUGACUGUUGGGUCGCAAUUAUAAAACGUCAGAGGAAUUGUUUUUACUCGCAAACAGAUUAACAAAUACGAGAAAAUGAAGAGGAAGAAAGAAGAAAUAUGCGGCGAGAAAAGUUGGCAUAUGCGCGAUGAAUACAGAAAUGCCUUUUCGUUUGUGUGAAGCCACGAUAAAAUGGAGCUAUUGGUACCAAUAGUCUCAGACGUCGUGUUUAAAUACACGUGGCCUAUUCCAAAUUACAAAAGAACUAUUUCGAAGAAAAGCCAUAUAGAUAGCCCGCCCUUCAACGUCAAUAUAAAUGGUAUUCACAGCACAUGGAAUUUAUCCAUCAGAUUCUGGAAGAAUCCCGAUGGCAAAAGAAUAAUAAACCCGGUGGUAUUGUGCCUGAACAUGUUGAACUGCAACGUAGAUGAAGCGGAACAAGCGAAGAUACGAUUUCAAUUUGCAGUUUUCAAUGCCGACGUUAAACAUUGGGAAUACUGUCACGUUAGCAGGACAAUACUCGAGCUGAAAUCAUACACGGACAUCAUUUCCUUGGGCUAUAGAGACUUGUCCAUCGUCCACAGACAUUUAAAGAAGAAUGGUGAGGUGGUAUUAAUGGUUAAAAUACAGAUAAUCCAAUACGAGAGCGAAAAACAUAACUUGUCACAGGAUAUGGCCAGACUGUUAAAACAUUCAUAUGGUGCAGACACUAAGUUAAUUUGUGGAGGUUUAAACAAUACAGAAAUUCCAGUUCAUAGUACUGUAUUGACUGCUCGUAGCAACGUUCUUGCUGAAAUGAUUUUGCCUUUAAAAGAAUUUAAUGAGAGGAAAGAUAUGAAGACAAAUACUAUAAAAGAUAAAAUGGAUACGAGAAUGUUACAAGAAAAUAACAUAAUCGAUAAAGAAAGCGGACGUUUCAAUAAUUUCUACUCGAGUUUGUUUUUUUUACGGAAACGUUAUGUAUUUUCCUUGGAAUUGUUGGAUCUUAGUAAAGAGGUAGCUGAAGAAUUUUUACGAUACAUAUACAGCGAUCAAGUCGAUAAUUUGGAUAAUUUUGCUCCACAACUUUUAUCGUUGGCUGAACGUUUUUCUUUGCAAGGAUUAAAAGAACUUUGUGAAAGAAAUCUUAUAGAAACAAUAACUCCAGAAAAUAUAGCAAGCAGACUUUUAAUUGCAGAUGAAUUUGGAUGCGAUGCGCUUAAAAAAGCAAGUUUAGCAUAUUGCGAGGAAAACUUAACGGUACUCAAUAAAAGUUUAGCAUGGAAAAUAAUGGAACAAACAAAUCCAGAAUUGUUUAAUGAAGUUUGUGAAGCUGGUAUUGGCAGUUCAAGAUCAAGUAACAUGGAUGAUAGUGAAUUAAGCAAUUGACAUCUUUUCUUUAAAUAUAUAAAUAAAAUUAAUUAUAAAAUUUUGAUUUCAAUGAAAGAACUUUAAUAAA